AUGGCCGGGCAACAGUCGCAAAAGAAACGGCGGUCUGCCGGAGGUGCAGUGCCUCACGAGCAAGAGGCGCCGCAGGCUAAACGGCCAAACCAGCGGUUAGAAGAGCCCACACGGAAUCCUUUUGCUGUCAAAGAAGAGGAUUUUCCUCGCGGUGGCGCUGAUACUCUUACUGCGUUGGAACGGCGUGAGCUCACUGAAGCAGCGCGGAGGGAGGUUGAGCAAGAGCUUGCCGACGGGAAGCAACCAAAAAGCAAAAAGGCUCGGCUAUCCAAACAGGAGGAUGAGGAGGACACCUUCUUCCGCAAGCACGCCGCGGCCGUGGAGGGCAAACUCGCCAAGCACGUGGACCUGCUGCGGGUCAAGGACCUUCAUGCCGGCACCCGCGUGUGGGGUAUGGUGCUGGAGGUGACUCCGCGGGGUUUGGUCGUCAGCCUUGCCCACGGGUUGCGGGGGUACGUGGCGCCCAACCAGGCCUCAGACGUCCUGGCGCUCAUGCUUAAAGCCCAAAAAACGGCAGCAGCAGCAGCGGCUGGCGAUCGCGGCGACGUCGCUCGAAAAAAGGGUGCCGCGCUGCUGGAGGCUGCGGGUGGCGUCGUGCCGCCGCUGACGGACUUGUUCGUUGUCGGACAGUUCGUACGGGGGGUCGUGAUGGAGGCGCCGACAGGAGAGGAUACCGGUGGCGGCCGCAGCGCGAAGCACGUGGCGCUGAGCCUGUUGCUGCGUGACGUGCAGGGCGGGUUGGGCAGCGAGGCGGUGGCGGAGGGGCUGGCGCUAGGGGCUGUGGUGCGGAGCGUGGAGGAUCACGGCUACACGUUGAGCUUUGGCAUUAAGGGCACCAGUGGCUUUCUUCGGAAGAAGGACCACGAGGCGCAGUUUGGAGAGGGCGUGGCGCUGCAGGUGGGCGGCCUGAUUGAUGUUGUGGUGCGCAACGCGGCUGACAAACGCAACGUGCUGGUCAGCUGUGCGCCCGGAGACGUGGCAGCCGCGGUCACUCGCGAGGCCGAGGGCAUGUCAGGUCUGGGGGCGGUGCUGCCCGGGGCGCUGCUCAACGUCAAGGUCCGCAAGGUCCUCUCCAACGGCCUGCUCGUCUCCUUUCUGACCUUCUUCCACGGUACUGUUGACCUGUACCACUUGCCAGCGGCGUCUGCAGCUGCAGCAGCAGCAGCAACAGGGGGAGCCGCCGGCAGCAAGGACUGGCGCAAGCUGUACCCGGAGGGCACCAAGCUUCGUGCUCGGCUGUUGUACGCGGACUUGGUCAGGAAGCGCGCCGGGCUGUCGCUGCUGCCCCACCUUGCGGCGCAGACGCUGCCGAGCCCGGUGCCCGUGCUGGGCAGUGUGUUUCCGGAGGCGGAGGUUGUGCGGCUGGACGCGGCGGGGGGCCCGGGGCUGCUGCUGCGGAUGGAGGGGCUGCCGGAGGGGCCGGUGGCGGGUUAUUGCCACGUAUCCAAUGCGUUGGAGGAGAAGAAGGUGGCGAAGGAGGCUGUGGCGGCGAUGGCGGAGAAGUACAAGGUCGGCACCAAGCUGCCAGCCCGCGUCAUCGGCUACCGCCUUCUGGACGGUAUGGCAUCUGUGACCGUACGGCCGAGCCAAGUCAACGCCGCCGUUCUGUCGUUCACUGACCUAACGCCGGGGAUGCUCGUCGCCGGCACCGUCAUUUCCGUACCCGAUCGCGAUGGCGACGGGCCGUUGCUCGUACAAAUUGCGGAGGGCGUGAAGGGCCUGGUUCCGCCGCUGCACGCGUCCGAGCUAACGGGCGCUGCGGCGGCGGCGGCGGGUAAGACUUCCGGGGGAAAGAGGCGGAUCAAGGUGAAAGUUGGCGACCGUGUGGAGGCCCGGGUUUUGGAUCUGGAUCUUGGCGCCCGCAAGGUGACGCUGACGCUGCGUAAGGCCUUUCUGGCAACCAAGGCGGCGCCGCUGGUCUCGGCGGCUCAGGCGGUGCCGGGGUCGAGAUUCCACGGCAUGGUAACCGGCCUUCACGACCGUCUGGGUGUGUUCGUGUCGUUCUUCAGCGGCCUUUCCGGGCUAGCAUCCCACGACGACUUGGGACUCGAACCCGGGCAGGACGUCAAGGAGGCGUUUGGCAUCGGUCAGGUGGUGAGGGCAACCAUCCUAUCGACUGCCGGCGGCCGCAUCAAGCUCUCACUGGCGUCGAAGUCGGCCGCCGCCGAGGCGGCGGCAGCGGCGGCGUCGAACGGCAUCUCCACCCCCGACCUGUUGGGCGGCCUCCAGCCGGGCGACAUUGCGGAGGCCGUCGUACUAAAGGUCCACAACGGCGGCGAAGGCGGUGACGCCGCGUCAUCGGCGACGCCGUUUUACACGUGCCGGCUGGAAAGACCUGGGGUUAGUGGCGGCGGUAGCGUCCCUCUUGGAGUUCGUGCACGGUUAGAGGUUCCUCACUUGUCCGACCAUCCCGCCGCGUUGGAGGCCUUCCGGGCUGUGGUGCGGCCGGGAACCAAGCUAGGGCGCGUCGUGGUUCUGGAGCGGUUGGAGGCCGCACGCUGUGUACGGGUGAGCCGCAAGCCCUCGUUGCUGGCCGCUGGGGCGGCUGGGCGGCUGCCACGUCGCUUCGAAGAAGUAGUGGAGGGUGCCGUACUGCCUGGUUAUGUGGCAUCCGUCACACCGGAUGCUGUGUACGUGCGCUUCCUAGGGGGCCUUACAGGUCGUGCCGGUUUGCCGCAGCUGUCGGACGUGUUCGUGUCGGAGCCCCGCCUUCUCUUCGCCGAGGGGCAGAGUGUACGAGCUCAGGUGGCCGUGUGCGACGCCGCCCGGCAGCGCUUCACGCUAAUGCUGAGACCGUCCGUCACCGCCUCAACCGACGGCGCCUUCCUGCUGGACUACUUUAAGGAGAUGCAGCAGCUACAGGCUCUGCGGGCGGAAGCGGAGGCCGAGCCGGGCGGGGGUGGUGGUGGUGGUGAUGGUGCCGCGGGCAAUGGCGCAGCCAACGGGGGAUCCGCCGCGCCCCCGGCGGAUCUGGACCCGGCGAGGGUGUUCCCGCUGGGCGGUUUAGCAGCGGCGAGGGUGCACGAGGUCAAGGAGUACGGCAUCGUGUGCGACAUGGACGAGCAUCCGGACGUGGUGGGUUUGGUUCCCUCCAGCCACGCGGGCGCCCUGGGUCCCUCCCCCGCCGUGGGCACCCGAGUGCGGGGUCGUGUGCUGGAUGUGGUGGGCCACCAGGGCCUCGUGGAGCUCAGCUUGAAGCCGGGGAUGGUGGCGGCCGCCGAGGACGGGGCGGCGGGCAGGGCGGCGGCUAGGCAGCUCAAGCCCGGUGUGGCGGUGGAGGCGGUGGUGGAGGGCAUACGGCCCGGGGAGUACCUCAUCUUGUCGCUACCGCAGCACUCCGCCGCGCUCGCCUACGCCGCCGUCACCGACUACAACACGCCGCGACCCGACCUGGUGCCGCGAACCUUCACAGUUGGACAGCGGCUCACGGCCACGGUGGCGGCGACGCCGCCGGACGCGCCGCUGGGGCGUAUCGUGUGUCACGUGCCGCUGACGCGCAUCGGCGGCGGCGCCGGCGGCAAGGGCGCCGCCGCCAGCGGCGGCAAGAAGGUGACACUUGACCCUGGGUCGGUCGUGGAGGCGGUGGUGACGGGCAUUCAGCCAUACCAACUGGACGUGUCCGUGUGCGGCGGCAAGACAGUGGAGGCAGUUGUGCUAGGUCGGCUACAAACCGGGGAGGGCCACCGCCCGGGUAGUGUCUGGGAUUUGUCAUUGCGGCCGUCGCGGCUGGCGAAGGCAAAGAAGGGUGAGCCCCCGGUGCCCUCUGUGACGCUGUCCUCUCUGGCCCCCGGUCAGCAACUGCCCUGCUUUGUGCUGGAGGUGGCGGAGGACGCGUUGUGGCUCGGCGCGGGACCUGCCGUACGCGGCCGUGUCGCUGCUCUGGACGCCUCCCUGGAUCCCGACGUCCUCACCGACCUCUCCUCCACCUUCCCGCCGGGUACUGUCGUACUCGCGCGUGUCCUGGCCGUGAGCCGCAAACGGAAUUCGUUGGACCUGUCGCUGAUAGAUCCGUGCAGCGGGACGACCCGCGGGUCAGUGGCUGGCGGCGGCGCCGCCGCCACUACCGCAGCUCCUCUGCCGCCAGAGGGCGCGUUGGUGAUGGGCCGCAUCCUGGCCGCCAACGGCGGCGGCGUGCGUGUUUCCAUCGGGCAUCGCCGGGCCGGCAGUGUGGCUUUGACGGAUAUCUACGACGAAUGGGUGCCGGAUGCGCGGGCUGGGUUGCGCGAAGGCGCGUACGUGCGUGUGCGGGUGCUGGGCCGCGACGGCGACUUUGCGGUGCUGUCGCUACGGCCGUCGCGCGGCGGCGCUGUGGCGGGUUCCAAGCCCUCGGUAACGGCUGCGGGGAGCAAGAAGCAGGGCGGCUCAUCAUCAUCUGCGACUGCUGCGGCGGCGCCGGAGCUGAUAAGUGCAGACUCACUCAAGGUUGGCGCGACGGUGACUGGCUACGUGAAGCGGUGUGACGCCAAGGGGCUCUUCCUGGCGUUGGACAGGUUCCGCGACGGGCACAUCAAGCUGGUCAACUUGUCUGAUGGCUUCAUCGAGGACCCCGCGGCGGCCUUUCCUGCGGGGAUGCAGCUUGAGGCCCGAGUGCUGCGAGUGGGGGAAGGAGGGCGGAUCGAGCUCACUUUGCGCUCUGCCACCCGCCAGACCUCGGGGUCCGCAGCGCCUGCCGUACAGUCCCUAUCCGAGCUACGACCGGGGCAGCUGGUCUCGGGCCGUGUGCGGCGUGUGGAGCGGUUCGGUGUGUUUGUGGAGGUGGGCGGCAAUCCGGGGUUAGUGGGUCUGGCGCACAUCAGCGAGUUGGCGGAUGGGCCUGUCAAGGACAUCAACUCGGUCUUCAAGUCGAAGCAGCUGGUCCGUGCUGUAGUUACCAAGGUGGAUGUGGAGGCGAGUCGGCUGUCGCUGUCUAUGAAGCCCUCCACGAUUAACGAGGCUGAGAAGGCGGAGGCAGAGGCUGGCGGGGCGGGUGAUUCCGGCGGAGGAGCAGGGGGAGGCAAGAAGAAGGGCGUGAAGCGGCAGAGAGGCGCGUCUGAUAUCGACAGCGAAAUAGCUGAAGCUGGGGCGGAUGAAGACGAUGAUGACGAUGACGGCGAGAUUCUGCUCAGUUUCUCCUGCUUUUCAUAUUGGCUGAGGGUGAUGGGAUCUGCGGGUGGUGCGAUGCGACCACCGCAGGGACUUGAGGACGGCGCAGCGGCUGCGGCAGCAGGCGCGGCCGCGGGAAGCAGUGAAGAUGAUGACGAUGAUGACGACGAGAUGGGCGAGGAUGGGGAGGGAGGCGCCCGGGCGAUGGGCUCCGAUGGGGAUGUAGAUGACGUUGAAGUAUCGGAUGAUGACAACGACGACGAUGAUGAUGAUGAUGAUGAUGAGGAGGAGGAGGAGGAGGAGGAGGGUGAUGGGGAUGAGGAGGAGGAGCAGGGCGGCGCCGCACUGGCGAGAUCCCGGCCAGGCACCACAAUUGCAGCUGGCAACUUGGACCUCACCGCACCGUGGGGGGAGCUGUUGUUGGCGGAUGACCCACGGGUCGCUGGCGGUGCGGCGGGAGCCGGGCCCGGUAGCGAUCUGGCGGCUGCGGCUGAUGGCGAGGGGAGUAAGAAACUGUCCAAGGGGCAAAAGAAGCGGCUCAAGGAGCAGCGUGAGCUGGAGAUCCGGGCUGCAGAGCUGGCUCGGCUGUCUGGGUCCGCCGCCGCCACCGGCCCCGCCGACUUCGAGCGGCUGGUGCUCUCCUCCCCGAAUAGCUCCUUCGUCUGGAUCAAGUACAUGGCGCUGCACCUGGGCAAGGGAGACGUGGACGCGGCACGGAAGGUGGCGCAGAGGGCGCUGGAUACCAUCAACUACCGUGAGGAGGGCGAGAAGUUCAACGUGUGGGUGGCCUGGCUCAACUUGGAGAAUGCGUACGGCAGUUCUCCCAGUCCCGAGGAGGCGGUUAUGGAACUGCUAAAGAGGGCCCUGCAGUACACGGACCAGAAGAAGAUGUACCUGGCGGCCCUGGGCAUCUUUGAGCGCAGCGGUCGUGACGAUCUGGCUGAGCAGGUGGUGCGGACCCUGACUAAGAAGUUUGGCGGCAGCGCCAAGGUUUGGGCGAGGGCUCUGGAGCGUUCGCUACAGAAGGGAGACGGGGAGACCCCCAUCUUCAUCUCCUACGUCCCGCCCUCCCCCGUCCCGUAUGCCAAUUUUCUCCGGGCUUUGCGCGUUGCCCAGUCUGCCCGGCAGCUGUUGGAGCGCGCCCUUCAAUCUCUGCCCCCUCGAAAGCACAUAAAGGCUCUUGUGAGAGCGGCGCUUGCGGAGUUCAGGUUGGGCAGUGCGGAGCGGGGCCGGGGGAUCCUGGAAGGCGUCCUGCGCAACUACCCCAAGCGCCUCGACCUGUGGAAUGUCUACAUUGACCAGGAGCUCAAGACUGGUGAGCAGCAACGUAUCCGCGCGCUGUUCGAGCGGGCCACCCACCUGCCACUGCCGCCCAAGAAGAUGAAGUUCUUGUUCCGGCGGUAUCUGGAAUACGAGAAGGAGGAGGGCGAUACGGCGGCUGUGGAGCACGUCAAGCGCCGUGCCAUGGAAUUUGUGGAGAGCUCACUCAAGGCGUGA